AUGAGGCAAUAUAAUAUUUCCUAUCAUCGCUAUGCUGACGACACUCAGACUUACAUCCCUCUCAGUUCUGAGAACUCCUAUUAUGAACUUCUCAAGGGUUUUAAAGAUAUCACAUGCCGGACGUGUAUUUUAUACAGAGAUCCGGAAAAGUCGAAUCUGAGUAUCUUGCCAACUUUCCAGUGUGAAUGCACGGCUGCUGGUGUUUCAGUAAAGGCACAGCAGAGUGUUCAGUGUUCAGUGUUUCUGAGAGCUGUGCUGGAUGUUUUUCAGCUGGUGGGGCUCGGUCUGGUGGCUCUGGGAAUGUGGCUCCGGUUCGGCGCGGAGACCCGAGGCUUCUUCGACAUCGAUCUGAGCAGCCCUGAGUUCAACAUCGGAGUGAUGGUGCUGGUGGUCACGGGGGUCCUGAUGCUGCUGGUGGCCAUCAUCGGUGACUGCGGCGCCUGCAACAACAGCAAACCAGCUCUCGGCGUGUUUUCUGGCCUGCUGACCGUUCUGAUCAUCAUUGAAAUCGCAGCCGGUGUGAUGGCCUUCAUGUGGAGCGACCAGGUCUCCGGUGAUUUGGUGAACUUCUAUGCCACCAUCUACGCUCAGUAUCUCAACACCAGGAGCCCCGCUCAAGCCGUCACCCUCGAAUUGUUCAACAAUGCUGUAAGAUGCACACACACACACACAGACAGACAGACAGACAGACACACACACACACACACAC